CGCCCCGCAGAGCUCCCCUCCCCGCGGGAGAGGGUCCGGGCCGCCCUGCGAGCCAGCUCUGUGCCGGCUGCCCGUCUGCCCUGCUCCUUGCGCUCUUUCCUCCGCACCGUCCGCCCCGUCCCUCUGCCCCAGGAUGCCUCCCAACCUCACCGGCUAUUACCGCUUCGUCUCCCAGGAGAACAUGGACAAUUACCUGCGCGCUUUAGAUAUAAACGUGGUCCUGCGAAAACUGGUUUGCCUACUGAAGCCUGACAAAGAAAUCAUUCACACGGGAGAUCACAUGGUCAUCCGCACCAUCACCUCCCUGAGGGACUACGUGAUGGAUUUUGACCUGGGAGUCCAGUUUGAGGAAGACUUGGGACCUGUGGAUGGACGCAAAUGCCAGACAACUGUCUCCUGGGAGGGGGAUCAGCUGGUGUGUGAGCAGCUAGGAGAGAAGAGGAACCGAGGCUGGAGGCACUGGCUGGAGGGGGACAAGCUGCAUCUGCGCAUGACUGCUGAAGAUGAGAUCUGCGUCCAAGUUUUCCAGAAGGUGAAGUGAUCGUUCCCCGGAGGGAUGCCCGGACGGGACCCUCGCUCCUCAGUAUGAGAAAGAAAACGAAACAAGACCCGAGCGAGCCGA